AUCCCUUCCAAAUACAGGUUUAGCCAAAAGGUAGUGUGCAUGCUUCAACCCUUUGAUUUAUAUUUAUGAUCUAUUACCUUAAUGUUGUUCACCACAUUACAAAUGUAACUGAUGUUUUCACCACAUAAAGUCAAAAUAUCUGUAUUGUCGUCUGCACAUAAGGGCAAGGAUGCAGAGGAAUGGCUGCAGAACAGGUCUCCUGUUUUGUCCAUUCCACUUCUGACUUGUAGUAUCCUGAGCAAAAUUAGGGAACACUUUGUAGUCGAGGAAAAGGUAUUUAAACAAACCGACGAAAAUGUGCUCACGAUGACCCUCUCAUAUACAAUAUAAAUCAUAAGGGUGCUUUGUGCAUCCAUUCCGUGCCAAGUCUUAUGUUUCUUCACGUAGGGGUGUCUUGUUCAAAUCUAUGUAUCAAAACAUUUCCAUUACAUAAUUCUUCAACUUCUUGAUAAGUUCUCCUGUAUUUUGCUGCAUGAAUCAAAC